UCAUAAAUAAAAAUAUAAUUUGUGGAAACGUAAGGCCAAUGUUGUUUCAAAAAAUAUAUGCAAAAAAUUAGCAAAUAAACCACAUGUCGCAAACAAUACGCUUUACGGCAGGAAACAGGCUGAAAUUUCUGCACAAACGAGAAGAGUGGACGGCAAUGCGCUUUGGACUCAACAGUGUAGAGGGACUGAAAAACACAAACUUAAGAACCGUCUUUGUGACAGUAGUGUUGGGUGCAUUGAUGCUCCCACUGCUGAGAACUGUGGGACUGCGAGCAUUCUCAAUGGCGUCGGAAACAUAUUCUUCUGGCACACAUUCAGCUGCUUUUGUCACCUGUCCUAAUGAGCAGGUGGCCAAAGAUCUGGCCAGAGGGAUGGUGGAGAAGAAGCUAGCAGCCUGUGUCAACAUUGUGCCCAAGAUCACAUCCGUGUAUGAGUGGCAGGGCAAGAUUGAGGAGGACAGUGAAGUCUUGCUGAUGAUUAAAACCAGAAGUUCAAAAGUUUCAGCCCUGGCGGAAUAUGUAAGGUCGAACCACCCGUAUGAGGUCGCGGAGGUGAUCAGCCUGCCCAUUGAGCAGGGAAACCCACCUUACCUAAAGUGGCUGGGUGAGACUGUGCCAGAAUAAAUGCACCUCUCGCCAAAAACACCCCUUCCCUGGCUGCUACCAUCUUCCAAAAGGCACCGAAUCCAUAUGCAGCAAUAGAUGGAAAGAAAGAAUCAGUCCGAAAGAAUUCAUAUAAGUAUUUCACAAACCUAUUUUGUUCUGUUUGUAUUGAAAUGGAAAUAAAAUUGUGCAAAAAAAAAUGUCCUUAAAGACUGUCAUAUAUAUGAGCCAUCACACGGGAGUCUAUUUCUGUGGUGUUUCUAUCAGACUUUAGAAAGCGUCAUACGUUUACUGGCAACGUGAGGUAUCUGAAUAAUUUCAUGUUGCACGUUCGCCGCUAGAUGGAGACAUUUCCCCGCUGUGCGGCGCUCCUCGCUAUGCUGAGGGAAGCUCUUCGCUGCCUUAUUUCAACCUUGUUUAUCUGAAUUAUACAACACUGGGUGCAAAUCAUUCUGUUUAAACAUGCCGUAUUAAUUAAGUGUUAUUAGUGUGCCCGGCGAUUUCUCUCUCCUUAGUACUGCAUAGAGGUCUAGAUGAUUCCGAAGAACACGUCAGCCAUAACUACUGUUGAGAGAAUUAUUAAAAUAAUAAUAAAUGUUUUAUGCUCAUAAAAUAUUUCCCCAUUCAUUUGAUUUAACUUUUGAGAUUACCUUUGGGGUUUUAUAAUAUAACGAUAGGACUUUAGUAUCCACAAAAAAUGGUAUGAUGCAGUUGAAAACAAAUGUUUCUUUUACAUUCAUAUGAAUUUAUUAAAAGUCUAGAAAUUUUGAGGCCAGAUUUACUAAACAGGGCAAAUUAGCAGGAGGACGCAAUCAAAGAAACAGCGCCAAUCUGAGUCGGAAGUUACGCGGGUGAUCUACUAAAAAUGCGCUACUUUAUUAACACAGACGCAGUUAGUAAAUAACGACCGAACCAAUCUACCAAUGACAGCGUAAAAAAGCUUUUUCUGGCCUUAAAUAAUGACGUAAUGCUCAGUAAAUUGCCUACAGCGUAGUACAUCACGUCGCAUGAUUCAUUUAAGAACUCUCCUCUCCCAAAUAUUGCGCUUUGAAAGGAAACACCUACACAUGCAUGUGCAGUAUGGCCACUGACGAACUUAACUGCGUUAACGCCUUUCUAGCGCUAACUUUUCACUGCGUAUCUACUAAAUCCCAACCGUACUAUUUUAACGUCCCAAGUGGGUAAAUCUGUCCCUGGAUUACAUUACCAUUAUUCUGGCAGGUCAGUCGUCACACAAAACACGCUGAUGUUUGAUUAGAAAUGUAAAUUUAUUUGAUAAUUUUAAGCGAAUUGGGGAUGUUAUAAACAACCAGGCAGUAAAAACCGAAACACAAAUCAGUAUGUGCCAUCCAGCUGUCAAGUGUUUUCCACACAGUUUAUACAGGUGAUGUCGCCCCUACUCAAAACCAUGGAUUCAUAACUAUUUGGGAAAUAUCUGUCUCAAAAUCACCUUGAGAUGACAACGUACUUCGCCCAUGCUGUCCAGGAGAGGACUGUUCAGACUCCAGAUGAGAUCUUUCUACACCAUACGCAGCAUUUCCUCCAUUCAUUAGCAUUGACUGUCAGAACUAAGUAGCAUAACAGUUAAAGAUUCAGACUCGAUAGAUUGUCAAUUUAAAGCACGAUUGUGGCUUUAGAAAUUCAUUCAUCCGUCUAUUUGUGGCCUAUUCCAGAACCUAUACAGGCAGGGCAGGGAAUGACCUAGGAUGGGGCGUCAACCCAUCGCAUGGCACAUGCAAUUCGGCAUCUCCAGUUCACCUUAGCAUGUUUCUGAAGCGUGGAGGUAAACCAAAGAACCUAGAGGAAAUGACACAAAUCAGGGUUCGAGUCUCCACCCUGGCUGUAGAUGUGUGUCGUUUGCUUUGAGACGUCACUCCACCUUAUUUGCUCCUGAAGAGGGCAUUAAUUUGGUAAAACCAUAACCUGCAUUGGAUAAAAGUGUUAACUGCGAUGCCCCAUAUGUGUGGCAGUAUUGUGUCAGAGUAUUUGUGAAGCGCACAAAAGCCAAUUAGCCCCAGAAGCAUGAUUGAGUAUGAAACAUUUUCUUCCCCCCAAAUAGAGACACCACCGUCAAUCUUAUGUUCCUAUGGGAACAAACUAGUCCAAAAGUUUAGAGAUAACUUAAAAAUAUGCAGCUAUUGGGACAACAAGAGUUAUACCCUUGAGCAAGGUACUUGACGCCAAUUUCUUGUACAAGAUAUACUGCAGUAUAAUUGGAAGCAAAGACGUGGUAACAGGGCACAGGAGAGGGGAGGCCACAAAGGGGGUGUCAGCUCACUGCAGCACACACACGCUAUGGGCAAUUUAUGUAAAAUCAGGGAGAUACGCGGGAAUUACAUCUAUAGCCCUGGAGAUGUGAGGCCGCAGUGCUGUUCACUGAGCCACUGUGAGAAUUAGGUCUAUUUCGUAGGAUUGCUUUAUCAGACUAGAUCGUUCUUAUCUCCUCUUUGAUUAGGGUGUGUUACUGUACGUUAAACAUUUUAACGCAAGCCUCAAGAUCUGUCUUGAUGCAAAAAUUAAGCUUUGACCAAAACCAUAUCAUUACUUCGGGGGGGGGGGGGGGGCAUAUAUAUAGUGCAUUUUUAUUAGAUCUAUGAUCCAUUGAAUAGAAUCGUCCAUUCCCACUUGUACUUGCUUCUCCAACUCCCACUUGCUCUCUAAUGACACCACACAACAUUCUCAUCUUCCCUUGCCUUCCCGACCAGCAGUCUCUUAGCAACAUGACUCACCCCCCCUCCCGAGCUUGACGUCGCAGAUGGAACGGACACCGGAGCACGUGUCGGCACGCACGCGCGUCUCCAUGUGCACAUCACACGCGCGGCAUGACGUGUCCGUCUGCUGCCUGGAUAUGGACGGUCUGCCCGAGCUCUUUUACUCAUCUUUGUGACAUUUACGUUCAUGCUGGUUGGACACUCUCUCUAGGAUAGACGUCAAAGACAAUAUGGGAGGUCAGAAGCCCCAGAAACACGGAGUGUGUUUUUUUUUUCUUUUGAUGGGCUUUAAUUGAUUUUAAUCAGCGAUUCUGGUGAUAUUUUACUUGAAACUCUCAUGUAUGAUGCAAUAUAGAUACUUUCAUAAAGCAUUAUAAUGGUCAAAAAAUAAGAAUUAACAAUGCAUUACAUGUUCUAUUAACAGCCAUACUGUAUUAUGGUGCUUAUUUUAAUUCUUCAUAAGCUCCAAUGAAGCUUCAUAACGCAUUAUAAUAGUCGGGAUAAGCAUUAAGUCAAUUAUAGAGGUAUCUAUAGUGCAUUAUGAACAAGAGCUUCAUGAAACAUUCAUAAUACAUAAUAAAUACAUAAUACGUAAUAAAAACUGUUACAAUGUGUUAUUCCUUUUAAUAAAUAUUUAUAGAACAUAUUGGCUUAAAUAGUUAAUCCGGAAGAUGGUCGUGACGUACGCAUCUUAGGAAAAAGUUAAUUUCUGCUCCAGUUUUUGCAUUCCAGAGGCUUUCCCUGUUUUCAUAUUUCUAAUGACUGACCCCCCCCCCCCCCCCCAGGGUCUCCAUAGCACAGUUUUGGGGGUAAAUUGGCACACCAUCAGUUAUAAUUACCCAGUUUAUGUGCCAAGUCAUGUUGCUAUAGUGGAAUGAUUUUUGAAUAGCUUCAACGUGUUCACUAAAAAAAAUCAUUAUUCAAAGUUGUCUUUUGACGGUGUUUUUCAGUCUGUUUUCUUUUCUCGUAGUGACUUUUGUUUCGGUGAUUAUCUCUACAUUUCGUCUGAGUGCACGAUGAGUUAUCAGUCACGCAGAUGCCUGGCGCGGUGCCUGUCUCUCGUCAAACAAUCACUUGACCACCAGGGCCUCCUGUUUGCAAAUUCAGGGCCGGAGCCUCUGUGCUGCUCAUUAUCAGCUGGGCGGCAUUGAGAAACAGGGAGUAACGUUUUAAUGUCGCCCGACAAGACACCUGCUUAUGGUGCCCGCUCACUGCUACUCCUUUUCACUUUUAGUGGAAAUGACCUCCUCCCCUCGGGGAAGCCCAUUGGGGGUGUCGAGUUUGGUCUCCGGAAUGUAAAAGCUGCAGCAGUAAUGACAUUAUUGCUGAGGUUUCUUUGUAAUGAUCAUCAUCUAAACGAAUUUAUCAACCAUUAGCAUGUUUCUGGUUGGGUGAUAUUCAGUGUAUCUGCAAGGCGAUGCUUUUAAUAUAUUUUUUUUUCAGUGGGGGUGUCAUAUACAUGCACUAGGGUUGCCACCUGUCCCAGUUUUCCUGAGAUCGUCCUCUUUUUUUGAGCAACAUUCUUUCCCGGGACAAGAAUACAUCUAGUUUAGAAUUUUGCAAAUAAAACCUCGCUUUGUUUCCUUUUA